GUACCAAGCGCGUUUUAACCGUCCAUGUCCUCUUCGGGGCUCCGUAGUUUUUGUGGAAUGCGCAGUUUCCGUUGUGAAAGGAUACAAGUUAAGGGAAAAGCCUGGCUAGGCCAAGUCGAAUUCGCUGAAGGAACUGCUUUUUAAUGAGAGUAAAUAUAUAACUUGAACCCAGGCCUCAGAUCUGAAGAGGCUGUUACGCUGUGUACUGGAAGUACAGGCUCUCGUUAGGCUGUGCACAGGAAGUACAGGCUCUCGUUAGGCUGUGCACAGGAAGUACAGGCUCUCUUUUGAUCGCACGCGCCCCCGCCCGCCGUCGCCAUGGUGAAGAUCUUCGUGGGGAACGUGAACUCGUCGACCACGGAGCAGGAGCUGCGGGAGCUGUUUGAGAAGCAUGGCGCCGUGUCGGACUGCGACAUCCUGAAGAACUACGGCUUCGUGCACAUGGACGAGGAGGAGGCGGCCCAGAAGGCCGUGGCCGCGCUGCACAAGCACGAACUCAACGGCUCGCGCAUCACCGUGGAGUACGCCACCACCAAGGUGCGCAACGCCACCAAGAUCUACGUGGGCAACGUGCCCGAGGGCGUCACCGCCGGCAAGAUCAAGGAGCUCUUCCAGCAGUACGGCAAGGUGGUGGAGUGCGACAUCGUCAAGAACUACGCCUUCGUGCACAUGCAGCGGGAGAACGAGGCGCUGGAGGCCAUCUCCGAGCUCAACCACUCCAAGAUCGAGGGCCAGAAGAUCUUCGUGUCCCUGUCUCGCAGCAACCAGGCCAGGGACGGGAGGGGCGACGACUUCCCCCCUCCUCCCCCCCACCACCCCCACUACCCGCCCCACCCGCACUACCUGCCCCCCCGCCUGCCCCCGGGCGAGUACUACGCUCCGCGCGGGCGCCUGCCCCCCCCGCCCCCGCUCCCGCCCCCUCCCCCACGCGGUUACUAUGACCGCGACCUUUACGAGCGAGGCGUGCGCUACGACCCCUACGGCGGGUCGUCCCGCUACUACGAGCGCGACGCGUACGAGCGCCGCCCGCCGCCCCCCCCUCAGCGCCCGCUGUCCCCUCUCUCCGCCCGCUACUACCGCGACCGCAGCCCCCCCGGGGGCCGGCGCGCCCUGCUGCCCCCGCCCCCGCCCCCCCCCUCGGCCGCCGCCGCCGGCUACGCCCGCUCUUACGCCCGCACCACCAGCGCCAGCAUGGUGCCCCCCCUCCCCCCGCCGCCCUCCUCCGCCUCCUCCCUCUAUCACCGCUACUCCCUGGGCUCAGGGUUUGAGAAGGACGACUACUUCGAUGACAAGUACAGCAACGGGUUCAGCAGGGGCUACUGAGGCGAGGGGGGGGCGUGGGGUCAGGUCCUGUGUGGGCCCGCCUGGCACUGGAAUGGGAGGGGGAAGUUCGGGAGGGGCCCGAAUGGGAGCAGGGGUGAUGAGAUGAGAGGAACGUGUUUGCCGCGGGCGGGACGGGACGGGGGGUUUGCCUGAAGGAUAGAGAGGGCUGAGGUCAUUUGUAACUGUACAGAAUAUUUUAGCGUAAUGGGAAUAAACACUGUCUGUAGAUGCUGAGUGAAGUGUAGGGCGGUGGAGCGGUUUGAAGUUAAAACGGUGCAUAUGAACUUUCUGUAAAAAGCUUUUCCUUUGUAGUUGAAUUACAAGCUCUUUUUUGCAGACCAUAUCAGCCUUUGAAUAGACGCAUAGUUCGAUGCUACAUUUGAGUGAUUUUUUUCCUCAGUAUUUAGUUAGUAGUUGUAGUGGAGUGUGUUUUUGCAUGCAGAGUGUAUGAGAGCCAUAAUCAGUGUGUGGACAGGGUCUUUGAGGAGCUGGUCAGUGAUUUAUUUUUAUUUUUUAAAUUUGCCUUCAGAAGCUUCGCCAGGCGGCAGCGGCUGUGGUGGUUUAACAUGGCGUUUAAGGUGGUGUUUAAGGUGGCGUGCGCGGGGGCGUGUUGAGGGAGGACAGGUGGGGGUCAGGGUGCUGCAGCUGUGGUUAUGCACAGCUGUUCUGCCCCCCCAUGCUGCCUGUGUGUGUGUGCAAGGCCUGAUGACUGUGGGCUUUUUUGUCCUCUGAGGUAUUGGACAUUCAUCUUUUCAGUCCGUCUUACCCCAAACACCACUCCCCAAAAUUGACUGGGGACUUUCUCUCUCUCCAUGGCCCCCGUGUCCUGAGUUUGUGUGUGUGUGAGAGAGAGAGAGAGAGAGAGAGUGUGUGUGUGAGUGUGAGAGAGUGUGUGUGUGUGUGCGUGCGUGUGGAGAGUAGCUGUGUGUUUGGGUUGGUAGGUGGGGGAAAGGAGGAGAAAAAGAUGAAUAAAGGUUUUUUUUAUUUUAAAUAAUUUAUUUUGAAACCGUAAAUCCGAACUGGUGGAGUAUAUAAAACCGGUGGGCAGACCGACCGGCCAAUCGCAUCGACCGACCGGCUGGCCAGCCAAUCGCGUGGCACCGACCGACCGGCCAAUCGCAUCGCCUCGGCCGAACGAACGACCGACCGACCAAUCGCAUCGCCUCGCCUCGGCCGAACGACCGACCGACCGGCCAAUCGCAGCGCAUCAACCGACCUACCGGCCCACCGAGCGAAUCCGGAUCCGAUGCCGCCUCGUCUGCACCUCACCCCGAAACAAACGAAAUCGCCGCGGUAACGAGUGCCAUGCCGACGGCUCGCGCGCCCGCUGCCUGGGUCGCUGUUACAGACGCCUCUCUCUCUCUCUGAUCGCUUACUUCCUUUCACUUUGAUGGAUGAUCCGCUCGCUUCUCCCCUGUACAGAGGGGCAAGGAAAAAAAGUUGGUGUGAAUCUUUGUUCUCUAAAUUUUUAAUAGCAAUUUAAAACGAUAUAUUUGCAAUAAGUCCUGCCGUAGCUGCUGAUUCUGUAAUAGCUGCAUUUGAACUGCUCAGUGCUCAUCCUGUUCUGUCUGAGCGUUUGCUGCUGAACACACAUCCUGUUAAUUCUGUGAAUCUCACUGCGCCUGCAGUCCGCCUCCACUCUGCUGUGAGAAACCAGCCGUUAUCUUAGAACAUUUUUAUUUUUUAUUUGCUUUUUUUGCCGGUUGUUAGAGCUUUGCACCGACACCACUCCUGCUUGUCUUGGUUCUUUUCACAAAAAAUAGUCAUUCUAAUUUUUUAAUUUAGACAUUUGUCUUCCAGCCGCAUAAAUAAUAAAACAUCGAAUUCUCUGACUCA